GGGAGCCGCGGCCAUCUUGGAUGAGUAGCAGCGGCGGAGGACGGACGCCGUUAAAAGGCUCAGCCUGUUAGCAGCGUUAGCCUCGCGGACCAGAUUAACCACAAUCCGCGCCGCGAAUAUGCUCCACGCGCGCCGUUUUUCCCCUUCGCCAGUCGAAGAUUUGAGCGCAUAAUAAUAAUAUAUAUGUAUAUAUUUUAAAAAUGGGUACAUAUCGUGUGAACGGUGUGACGCUAUAAAUCGGGAGAGGGCGUCGGCGGUGCAGAUCCUCGGUAAAUGCUUUAAUUUCUGGAUAGAGGAGUUACUAUGAAUGGAGGAUAAAUGUUGCCGAAGGCUGACAGCAGCAGUUUCGUCCUCUUCUCCCUCCUCUUCGUCCUCACGGUAACGGACCCACCACGGACAGGUCCACGGGUAGCUCUGGCAAGAUUAUUGUCAGAGCAGCGCUGCAGCCCCGGGCAGUUUGCCUGCCGCAGUGGGAAGAUGCAGUGUAUCCCAAUGUCCUGGCAGUGCGACGGCUGGACAGCGUGCGAGGACAAGAGCGAUGAGAUGGACUGUCCCCCUAUUAAAGAGGAAAGGUUUCGUUUCGGGAACGGAUACGACCAGGUGGAAGACGUCAUGGGCGUGGCUCAGCCCGUCCGUUUCAACAAGAAAUGUCCCAGCGGAUGGCACCACUACGAGAAGACCGCCAGCUGCUACAAGGUGUACCUGAGGAACGAGAACUACUGGCAGGCCGUGGACACCUGCCAGAAGGUCAACGGCUCUUUGGCCACGUUCGUCACCAACGAGGAGCUGCAGUUCAUCCUGAAGAUCGAGGUGGAUUUCGACGAUAAAGUGUGCGAGCGCAAAGACCAGUGCAAGUUCUGGGUGGGGUACCAGUAUGUAAUCACCAAUCAGAACCACUCCCUGGAGGGCCGCUGGGAAGUCGCCUACAAAGGCUCGAUGCAGGUGUUCCUGCCGCCCGAGGGUCUGACGAACUUUGGCGAGGCGUCUCCCACCCAGGACAACGUCUUCUGCGCCCAGCUGCAGCGCUUCCAGAUCAAAAGCAUGAACGACCGAGGGCUGCACAGCUGGCACGCCGAGAACUGCUACAAGAAGUUCCCCUUUCUGUGCAAGAGGCGUACGGGGCAAACAUGCGUGGACAUAAAAGACAACGUCGUGAACGAGGGCUACUACUUCACCCCGAAGGGAGACGACCCGUGUCUGAGCUGCACGUGUCACGACGGCGAGCCGGAGAUGUGCGUGGCGGCGCUGUGCGAGCGGCCGCAGGGGUGCCAGCACUUCCGCAAGGACCCCAAAGAGUGCUGCAAGUUCACCUGUCUGGACCCAGACGGAAACAGCCUGUUCGACUCGAUGGCCAGUGGCAUGAGACUGAUCGUCAGCUGCAUCUCGUCCUUCCUCAUCCUCUCCCUGCUGCUGUUCAUGGUGCACAGGCUCCGUCAGAGGAGACGCGAACGCAUCGAGACACUAAUCGGCGGAAACCUGCAUCACUUUAACCUCGGCAGACGAGUCCCGGGCUUCGAUUACGGUCCGGAUGCCUUUGGAACCGGACUGACUCCUCUUCAUCUGUCCGACGACGGAGAAGGAGGCGCGUUCCAUUUCCAGGAGCCGCCUCCGCCGUACGCAGCCUACAAAUACCCCGACAUCCAGCACCCCGACGACCCCCCUCCCCCGUACGAAGCCUCCAUCAACCCCGACAGCCUCCUCUACGUGGAUCUGGGCCACAGCGGCGUUCCCAUGGUGCCGAGCCAGAUGAACGCCAUGGUGACCGGGCUCCAGGCCGACGCCCCCGACGCCCCGGGUCCCGUGCCCCUCUCGGCGCCGUCCUCCCAGGGGAGGGAGGACUCCAUAGAUAGCAGCACCCUCCUGGUCGGGCCCGACACGCCGACCGACGGCCACGCCCCCGCCCCCAUGCCUCCGGACUGCCCCUCCUCCCUCAGCACCGUGGUAUAGGACGGCGGGCGGACGGACCGCAGCACGGACGUCACCCGCUGGCGAGGGAAAGCCACAGACGUUACACACAGCAGACUGAAACACUGACUGCUCAGAGGAGGGGGGGUGGGGGGGUUUGUACAGUGAGCAGCAUGGAGGACGCUCUGUUUCUGACGACUCCUUUGCAGCAAGUCUCCAAUAUUUUUAUUUUCUUUGUUAUUUUUUUUUUUGGAGACGCCGGCAUCUAAGGAACUGAAAAAACACAACGCAUUGAGACGGCCGCGCUCCCGACUGAACCUGAACCAAGCUUUCCGGACCUUUGAAAACAUCCGAAACUCCUCCCGACUGAGCUGAGAGGCCCCGGUGUAAAUAACCCCCUCAGGUCUGCGCCCGAACAGAACUCUUAAACUCGCGAUAGCUGCAGACGGACGCACAGCGAAGCCAGCUUUUGUUCCACGUGCAUUUUUUUUUUUUCUUUUUCUUUUGUUUGCGUCCGCAUCGAUCCAUCAGUCUCCAGGCUACAGCAGCGACGUUCUCGCCCUCCCUGCGACGCUCGUGAAAACCUCCAGCCCCCCACUAUUUUACUAGUCGGAUACAUGAAGCUGUCUUCCAGGUUUAUAGCACACAAUUUGCAGCGAAACAUGUUUUGUAGUAAAAACAAACAAACAAAAAAAAAAAGGUUUCACCUUUUUUGGAGAAGGUACGGCUCGGUUCCUGCGGUAGGGUUUUUAUCAGGUAAUGCUCGUAACAAGGCAUUAUGUAUCAAAGAAUGUUGUGAUACUGAUAAAUAUGAGUUUGCUAUUGUGUUUUUGUUCAUAAUUUAUGACUGCAGGUUGUGAUCUUGAUUGCUUAAUUGUGGGAUAGACGUAGGCGGGGUUUCCUUGUUGAUCGCCCAAGGGAUGAAGACUUUUAAAGUGUAUAUGUGAAGAUUAGGGAAGAUGUAUCCCCUCGAUAAAUAACAAAAAAAAAAAAAAAAAAAAAAACAUUUAUUUAAAACUCUUCAGAUCAUUAAGUCAUAUAUUCAUGCAAAUGAUCCUGUUGUUAUUUUUGUCAUCGAGAUAUUUUUGAAUUUUCUAGCUUUGACUGUUUAAAGAUCAUGUUUUGCAGUCGUCCCAUGAAUCAAUUCGUCUUUUUCUGUGGACAGAAAGUGACGCAUUUGGAUGGCGCCCGUCCGUCCGCGAGCUUGUUUUCUAUGUGCAUAUCUCGUCCCUCGGCGACGGAGCUUCUCCUGGACUGUGGCAGCGAGUUUCUUUCCGGCGCCGUGUCGAUGGGUCUGUUGCCGUUCUCGUCUCUCGGUGGGAAUCGCCGUCGAAUUUGUAACAAGAGAUGGGGGAAAACAAAUGAUGGCGCGAGUUCAGACCCCCUGUUGACGCCGACAAUCGCUUCGAUUCGCCUGAGGGAUGAGUUUUAAACUGGAGGUGAAGAAUUCGACCAGCAGGAAAACACGGCUGUAAACGUGUCUUGACUGUGCACAUCUGUGUAUCUUCUGUUUGAAUGUAUUGUGUAAAAAGAAAAAAAAAAAAAUAC